GACGCGACGGCUGCGCCGGACGCUUCCCCAGCGCCGCCGUGGCCAGAGGAGGGGGGAAGGAGCAGGGGCGGCGCGAGCCGGGGGCAGGAAGGUGCUGGCACUGUGGCCUCUGACUCUGGCACCAGGACCCCGACCUGCCAGACCCCGCCGGGGGCCGCCGCAGCCAUGGGCAGCCGCCUGCUGCUCGCCACAGCCCUGCUGCUGCUGCUGCUGCUCUGGACUCCCGCUGCAGAAGCCCUGAUGGAGCCAGAGCUCUGCUACGUCCUGGAUGCCAUCCUCUUCCUGUACGGCCUCGUCCUCACCGGCCUCUAUUGCCACCUCAAGUUCGUGUCUCGCCGAGCGGCGCGACAGGCACCCAGCAAGGAGCAGAAGGAAGAAGCCAUCUACACUGGACUCAGCGGUGAGGAACACGAGAUGUACGAAACUCUCCAGCUCAAACAGUCCUGACCCUGUCCUGCUGCAGCCCCUCAUCCCCUCACCCAUCCCCAGCAGCUGAGGACCCCCACGGCCCCCACCUUGUCCCCCAUCCUGGGACUGGGGUGAAGAACCAGAGCUUUUUGAAGGAACCAGUUCUGGUCCCAAAACCGCCUCUGGCUGGGCACAGGCACAACCCAACUGCAGCUGCAGGGCCGGGACCCCCUGAGCCCGGGGGGCUGAAGCUACCCGGGGUGUGUGGAGCUGCUCCCUGCUUCUGCUGCCCCCGCCCCGGCCCCCCAGUAAAGCGGCACCAUCCACAAA